UUCAUAACCUCUGACAUUUCUGUAUAAAACAAGCGCUCCGACCUUCCUCAUAUAAACAACAUUAGCCGGGGCAUAAGUAAUUGUGAUGUAUGUGACCCUGACGAUUUUUUAAACAGCCCUUAAACAUGAAGAGGCUUUUCCUCGUGGAGCCGGUGGUGGCCCUGUAUGCUUUUGCCACUUUCCUCUACUAUCCGCUUGUGCAACAGUAUGCAUACAGGAGAAUCUGGCUGCAGGUGACAAACACCACUUACCUGAGCUCUGACAACACUUCCAGAUGUGUGGCAAACAGCAACAGCAGCAACCAGUCUCACUAUAAUGAGGAGGUACAGAGGCAGACAUCUCUCUUCUCCGUUUACACAAACAUCCUAUCCACAGUCCCAUCUUUGGUGGUCACUCUCAUACUGGUGACCUACAGCGAUCAAGGAGGACGCAAGAUAGCCAUCAUCAUGCCUAUGAUUGGCACAUUGAUCUACACAUUGUCUUUGCUGACUGUGUCCUACUUUGAACUCAGCAUUUACUUGCUCUUUGGCUCCUCAAUUCUUAGUGCUCUGUGUGGUGGUAUGGGCACAUUUCUGGGUGGCUGUUUUGCCUACAUAGCAGACUUGUGCGAGGAUGAUCGUCAGAAGACAUAUCGCAUGGCUGGAUUGGAAAUGAUGAUUGGCCUGUUGUCUGGACUGGCUGCAUUAUCGUCAGGCUACUUUCUGAGAACUGUGGGAUUCAACUGGCCUUUCCUAACCUCUUCACUGAUGCUCGUUUUGAUCCUGCUCUAUGCCAUCUUUGUCCUUGAGGAGACUGUGAAGAAGGCUCCAACUAGUGCCGUUACUUUAGAUGGAUCUCCUUGGUAUUUAGGCAUGAAGCAGAUGCUCCGUGGGGUUUGCCAGAUGCUUGCAGGGGCCAGCUGCAGGUGGAAAACUGUUCUGGCCCUUCUCAUUAUUAUCUUCACUUGCGUUUCCUUUGCAUAUGUAGGAGGGAUGUCCGUGAUAACACUGUACGAGCUCAGUGAGCCGCUGUGCUGGACUGAGAUUUUGAUUGGCUACGGCUCAGCACUGACCACCACUGUGUUCCUGACCAGCUUUGCAGGAGUGUCCUUGUUUACAUACUGUGGUGUGCCCCAGCUGCUCAUUGUCCUGUUGGGGAUCCUGUCUGUUGUAUCAGCCAUGCUCACUGCGGCAUUUGCUAAAACAACCUUGUUGAUGUUUAUAGUGAGGAUACCAAUGCUACUGUCUAUCAUGCCUUUCCCUGUACUGCGCUCCAUGAUGUCAAAGAUUGUCCCAAAGUCUGAGCAGGGAGCCCUGUUUGCCUGUCUUUCCUUUAUGGAAAGUUUGUCCAAUAAUGUAUCGUCCAUAGUGUUCUACAGUAUUUAUGCUGCUACGGUAGCGUGGUGCCCAGCCUUCGUCUUUCUGUUAUCUGCAGGACUCUGUGUGAUUCCUUUGACUGCCUUGGGCAUGGUGAGCGUGAUAGGAGUGGAUGUUGCCACAGAGGUCCAAAGGCCAAAGCGUUUCAAUUCAGAGGAGGAGAAUCCUGUCCAAGAUCAGAGUGACCACAGCCCUCUUCUUACCUGAGACGCCAGGACUACCAAACACUAACAGCACCUUGCUUGUUAAGAUUUGUUUUGUUUUUUGUGUGUGUGUGUGUGUGUGUGUGAUUUAUUUUAUGUGGUGUUUAAUAUAGGUUACAUUUUCUUCCUUUGUUGCUGUGCUUAUUGGAGUUAUGGAUAAACAGAUUUCUCUACCUCUCAGGUUUAACAACUCCAGUUAAAAUUGAUAGAAAUCUCGAAGGUCUGAAGGUAGAAGUCUGACCAUGACAAUGACAUUUUCAAAAACAUUUUGAAUGGAUACAUUUUAAAUGUAUAUUAUUUC